CAGCGGUGACCACAUUUGCCAGGCGAUCUUGGAAAUCCACUCCCCAGUUUUUUCUCGGAGCUGGGGGUUCGGGUUAGAGAAUGGAAAGUUUUUCCUUCCUAGCUGAGCCUAUGUCAGGCUACGGGAGGGGGAAACGCAGUUACACACACAGGAAAGGUUACAGGCGUCAUUUUUUAUAUGCAAAGAUUGGAUGCAUAAACGAACAGACAUCUGAUUUGCCAUGGCUGCUGUGGACAGCUUUUCCUUCCUGCUCAGAGAGAUUGAACGGUCCUGCAGUUAUUACAUAGAGACUCUGGCGAUUAUUGGAGCCCUCUACACAGCCAAGACCUGCCUCACUGUUGUGAGCGACAUUUACACCCUCAUUAGGUUGCAUUUCAUUCCUAGGCUGAUCAGCAGGGCUGAUUUAGUCAAACUGUAUGGAAGCUGGGCUAUUGUAACAGGUUGCACCUCAGGCAUUGGGAAGUCCUAUGCGAAAGAGCUGGCAAGCCGUGGGGUGAAUAUCAUCUUAAUUAGCUGGAACAAGGAGACGUUGGAAGCUUUUGCCAAAGAGAUAGAGGAUUCCUACAAAGUUGAAACUGCAGUUAUUGUGGCAGACUUCAGCAGAGGCCGUGAGAUCUGUCCUGCCAUCAAGAAGGCCCUGAUGGACAAGGAAGCUGGCAUUUUAGUGAAUAGUGUUGGUGUGUUCUAUGAUCACCCGGAUUAUUUUACCAAUUUGACAGAGGAUAAAAUUUGGGAUCUCAUCAACAUCAAUAUUGGGGCAGCUAAUAUGAUGGUGCACAUGGUGCUUCCAGGAAUGCUUAGGAGAAAGAAAGGUGCUAUUGUGAAUGUUUCUUCUCUGUCCUGUUGCCACCCUACCCCACUGAUGGCGGCAUAUUCGGCUUCCAAGGCUUACCUGGACCAUUUCAGCCGAGCACUUCAUUAUGAGUAUGCUCCCAAAGGCAUCUUUGUUCAGAGCUUAACUCCAUCCUUCAUCUCCACCAACCUGACAAAAUUUAGUUCCACGCUCACCAAAAAGAGUUUCUUUGUGCCUUCCGCUGACGAGUACGCUCAUCAUGCUGUGACCACCCUUGGAUUAUCCAAAAGGACGACAGGGUACUGGCCACAUUCAAUCCUGUUCCUUUUUGCUCAGUACCUGCCAGAAUGGCUCUGGGCUUGGGGAGCGUGCAGAAUGGGCUGCUUUUUGUGAAACGCUGCCACCUUGGCCAAAACCACAACAACCCGGAAUUAAGAGUAUCGGCUGGAGAACAGAUAACAUCUAGCAGCCUUGCUGGACAGUUGCUACAAACAUCCAGACCAUUUGGAUGUGUUUCUUCCUUGUCUGCUAAAAAUAAUAAUCAUAUACAGUAUGUAUCUUUUUUUUUUUUUUUAAGGGCAUUCAUCUUGUGUGUAUCCUCCUGUAAGGCGCAUCAGGACUAAUAGGUGAUGAACGGGCAAUCUGGUAUUAGGAAGUGGAUGUUCUUUUGUAUGUCUGUGAGGUCCUGAUUUCUACAAAGUACUGACUGAUUCUUGUCAGUAGUGUUUCUGAUUCAGACAUGAGUGGAAAAUCCUGUGGGGCCUGAAUGCUAAAAAAAAAAAAGUUGAAUAGGAUACUUUGGGACUGAAUCCUAUUAAGAGCUGACAGCAAAGAGAGGUAAUGCUGUUCAUAAAGACAGCAUUCUGUACAAGCCUCUGCCAUCCUAGUGCCCUCCACAUGUUUUGGGCUACAGUGGCUUUGCUCGCUGGGGCUGAUGGGAGUUGUAGUCUAGAAAACAAUGGGGGGGGCACCAGGUUGGCAGAUCCAUACCAAAAUUGGGUACUGCUUUUCAAGUGGCAUAUUCUUGGUUUCUUCUUCCUUGUUAAUAUUUGUAGUACAGUUAGUACUUUUUUUUAAACUAGGAAGUGAUGUGACUAUCUGAAGCUAUUUUCUGAAUUGGAAACAAAUGCUACUUUUAGGUGGAGUGAUUUUAAGUGACUUGCUCCAGCGGUCUGUUAGAAUGUCCCCCUGCCUGUGCGUUUUGUGGUGCUCUGAUUAUCGAGCUGUGAACGACCACCAAAAACAUUUACCUAUAGUCUUCUGUGGACCGGAAGACUGAUCUGUCCAUCGAGAAAUACCCAAUAACAUGUAACGUGUCUAAAGAACGAUGCUCUAUAAAUUCAAGGUGUGUAUGAGGCUUCUUGAAGAGUUUGAAUUAUAUUAAAUUCCCCAAAUGUG